AUGAUUCUUCGGCCCUUUUCCUUUAUUUUGAGUCUAUGCAAAUCACUUCUUCGGCGAGAUGGAAGAAGCGGCGCAGAGAAGAAGAAGAAGAACGAAGAAGAACGAAGAAGCGAACUCUUUUUGCCUUUUGAUGCCGACGGGAAGAUCCGGCGAGCUGAAGGGAAGUCUAGAAAAAGACUGCGGAGCAAGAAUGAAGCUGAAGCUGAAGUUUUGAUCUUCGUCUUCGCUCAUCUUCUCACUUCGCCUCCGAAGAAGCCAUCUCCGGUGAUGAAGAAGAAGAAGAACAAGCAAGACGCUGACCGCUCAACGUCAAGCCAACUGAAGCAGAUAACCAGUCAGUCAGCCAGCCAGUCAGUCAGUCAGUUAUUAUCAAGAGAAGAAGAGAAGAAGAGCUCGUCUUUAUAUCUCAGUCGACCGAGGACCUUGCGAGUAGACAGAGACAAGCAACGGCUUAACUCGCAGAAGCGACUCCUUGGUAGCGAGCAAGUACUCACCAUGCAAUGCCACACCUGUCGCAAGAGACGAGUGCGCUGCGACGGCGCCCUCCCCGCGUGCCAGAAGUGCCGGGACCGCGAGCUCGACUGUCUGGGCUACGGCAAGCAGAAGCCCCUGGUCUGGCUCGCGGGCGGCGGACACCAGAACGCCUUUCUCGACGACCGCCAGAAGGCCAGGAAGAAGGGCCGGCCGCGUCUCGUAGUCGACAGUCCUUCUUCUAGGGACGUCAAGGCCAAAGAUAAAGAUAAAGAUGCCAAAGAUAAAGAUGCUUCUACAGCUGUCGUGGUGGCUCCAAGGGCCGUCCCAGAGUCGAUGAUGUUCUCCUACCCGGCGGAGAUCCAGAAGGUCGUCCGCACCAUCUGGUACUACGAGCAUGAGCUGGUGCCUGACCUCGAUCCCAUCAACCACGUCGACGUCAAGGCCGCCGAGGACCCGACCGCCUGGCAGGACGACCUCGCCUCCAUCCUCUGGCACGUCCUCAUCUGCGCCGUCGACACCCACAAGGCCAUCCGCUCGCAGCCUGACUCGAUGGACUCGGGCGUGGAAGUCCAGGUCGGCCGCGAGGUCUACCGCUCCAAGUCUCACACGCUCAGGCGCAUCAGCAGGAACAUCGCCGACCCAGAGACCCGCAUCUCAGACGUCACUCUCGUCGGCGUCCUGACUCUCUUCAUGGCCGAGACACAACUGUCGGCUGUUGGGUCAUGGCAGACACAUUUCGAGGGAGCAUGUCAUAUCAUCCGCAUGCGUGGAGGAGUCAGGACCAUCGCCAGACACAGCGCCGGCCUGAACUCCCUACUCACCUUCUUCAUGAUUGCCGACGUCAUGAGCUAUACCACUAUAUCCUCGUCUCUCCCCAUGCUCGACGCAAGGCGGCAGCUCGAGUACACAGACAUCAUACAGGAGGUCUACCAGGACGGCUCGGGGACAUGCAUCCCUUGUCCCAACCAGCUCUUCGACGCCAUCAUCCGCAUCAACCACCUCAGAGCCCUGGCUGAAUCGUACUCUAAUUCAACAAUCAUAGAACUGCAAGACCUGGACCGAGAAGACGCAUCUCCAUCAAGUUCUAGCACCUCCACCACCACCUCCAGCUCAACUUCCACUCUCAAAACCUCCAUUCAUGCAUUGCUACAAGAUAUCCUCUCCUUCCCCAUUGCUUCAUGGGCAGAUACCAUGCAUCAGCAGACAGUCACUCAACAACAAGCCUCUUCAUGCAGCAGGUUAGACCCCAAAAAGGCCUUCCUGCGUCCAGACAGGCCGGACUGGGUGCGCAUAGCAAGCAUCUACCAUGCCGCCACAGCCAUCUACUGCGUCAGAAGCCUCGGCCAUCUCCUCGACCAGGACCAACUACUCCACGUCUCGUUCUCUGCUUCCACCUCUACUCCCACAGCUUCAUACGUGUCCGUGUCUGACAUCCUCCUCGUGGCCAGGAAGAUUCUGCUGGAGACACUGCGGGAAGUCCUGCUUACUGUUUCCGAUCCCCGCAAGUCCUUUGUCAAAGUCAUGCUCUGGCCCAUGUUCGUUGCUGGAGUCGAGGCUGCGGUAGACUCCCGGCCUGAGACAGUGCAGUUUAGAUCACUGCUGGAGUCAGUCCUGCGCCGGCUGUGUCGCUCCCUCGGCACCCUGAGCAUCUGUGGCCUGCGCAACUUUCUUCUAUCGCUCUGGGAACAUGCUCGGCUUCACCCGCAUCUCUGGUCGUGGAGUGAGCUCAUGGCCCUCUCCCCAGGUCGAAGCGUCUUCUUCAUGUAG